AUGGAGCCCAUCACUUCUGCAUACCUCCACCUCCCGUUUUGCCGACGUAGAUGUCAUUACUGUGACUUUGCCAUCUCGUUGGUCGGAGAUGAUGCAGAAUCACAUAUAGCCCUACAGGGUAUGCGGCGAUACGUUGACUUCCUCAUUCGAGAAAUUGCCCUCACGCCGUAUUCCAGUAGCACUUGUGACUUUGAGGGCGGUGACCAGCCACCGCUGCGCACAGUUUUCUUCGGCGGCGGUACUCCUUCUCUGCUGCCCCCCGAUCUACUCGGAAGUGUGAUCGAAGCUUUGCGCGAAAGAUUCGGCAUCGACCCUGAUGCAGAGAUUAGCAUGGAAAUGGAUCCAGGGACGUUCGAUGCUGAAAAACUGACCCAAUAUGUAGACCUUGGGGUGAAUCGUGUGAGUCUUGGCUUGCAAUCGUUCGAUGCCAACGUACUGAAGUGGGCAGGGAGAGGACACACCCUCGAAGAGUCGCGGGAAGCGCUAGCGGCGGUGCGAGCUAAUCGAGGUGUGGAGCGUUGGAGUCUGGACCUGAUUUCGGGCAUGCCUGGACUUACGAAGGAGGCAUGGUCAGACUCACUGAAGGAGGCGAUCGACGUUGCACCGCAUCAUAUCUCCGUCUAUGAUUUGCAAGUCGAAGAGGGGACUUUGUUUGGAAGCUGGUAUAACGCCUCGCGUAUUGGGGAAAAUGGCACGAAUAAGACGAUGGUGUCAAACUUGAACUCGCGCAUGGCCCGUCCGGAGUUGCCAAGUGAGGACGAAAGUGCUGAAAUGUUCCACAUGGCCAGCGAAACGCUUCGUGGCGCCGGUUACGAGCACUACGAGGUUUCAUCUUACGCAAAGGUAGGGUCGCGAUGUGCGCACAAUCAAGUGUACUGGACUGGUAGACAAGGAUGGUAUGGUUUUGGCAUGUCUGCAACAUCAUUUACAGCACAUGGUAAGCAGUUUGCGCGACCACGCAAGAUGCGCGACUACGAGGCCUACGUCGAAGCCAUGGCAGCGUUCAUAGAUGAACCUUCACGCGCGCGCACCAUCAAGUCGUCAUUCGAAGCGAGAGCUGAGGCAUUAUUAGAGCGUCUCAUGCUCGGACUUCGGACAAGAAAUGGUGUAGACCUGGUGCACUUGCGGCAAGACUUUGGUGAUGCGGUGCUUGCAGAAAUUGUCUCUGCUGUUCGUGCCGGAUGGCCUGAGGAGCUCGUGGAAAUGGAUGAUUAUAGGCUCACACUCUCUGAUCCCGGUGGGAUGUUGGUGAGCACUCAGCUAAUUUCAACUCUGAUGGUUCGUGUAUCAUCGCUCCACACCCCUUGAGUCUUUGCAAAGGACUCAAGGCGCACAUUAUGUGUCUACACGGAUGCAGUGAACUUACUUUAUUUAGCCAAUACCCUCAUAUAUACUUGAGGUGCGUCUUCACAGAUUGGCUGCGCAGCUAUUCCAGCAUAUCGUCCAAUCGUUCACGUGGGUACCACUUCAACAGACGCACGAGUAACCAGAAAUACUCUUUGCCGCUCGAAGCCCGUGGCUUUUGUGGGCCCAACCUCAAGCUCGUGCCACGGCGGACGCACCCGAAGCUGUGCACCUGAAACAAGCUUCAGUUCUCCAGCACGCAUCGCUAUGAAGGCGACUGUGGUGGAUGCCGUUAACAUAUUUCCGACAUGCUCAUGCUCUCUGGUAGAUCUGCAACAGGGCCGAUCACCAGCCAUUGCUCGGAUGUCGUACAUUUCCCUUUGAGAGUCGUCUUGAUUCAGUUCACCACCUCUUGAAAGAGUACAACUCCACAACCACAAUCCUGUUUCGACUCGCGGUUCACCUUCCAGUGUGAAUUCGAGGAAACUAACCCAUGCACAUUCUUUAUCACUUGGAUUGUCUUCAACAAAGACAGCUGACCGGAGGCUCAGUUGGUUUGGCGGAUCUUGAGCAGGCGUUGCCGCAAAUUGUGAGUGUUGUGCCUUAGAAAUGACCCUUCGGAGACGCACGUCAAGUUCACAGCGAUCAAAUCUACACGUCUGCCGAAAAUUUUGCUUCUCUGGCACAGCAGAUGCGACCAUUCCAGUCAUGUUUGCCAAGUGAACAGUGGGAGCCGUGAACUCAUGCAGACGUGUAAAUGCUGACAUCAACCCCAGUCCACCCAUGUGCACGUGCAUCAAUCCAAGAUUUGUGAUUCCGUCUGUUUUUUCUCUUCCAUUGUUAGCAUCAGAGUCUGAACCAGAGCUCAGGAUUUCGUCGAUGGAUUCACUGUCGUGGUGUUCUGUAUCUCUUUCUUUGUCGUCACUUAAAGCCUUGUAGAGAUGCGUUUGCGUUUUGACUUUCACAUCGUGACUGCGUGCUGGAGUCCUAAAUCUAACAUUUGCAGGAGUUGCCUGAACUUGCCGCCUUCUUGAAGCUGCGAGUUGUGAGUAAAAAUUAUGUCGUUCAGAGGGUUUCGUUUGUCCAGUGGGAUUUGUUUUGUCGUCCCGAGCACCAGAUAUUGCUGUGUUGCUAUCAUUGGUUCUUGCGGCUGUCGCCG